CUCCGCGCGGCGCAGCAGCGCUGCAUUGCGAUGCUCAGAAGCGACCGCCCUCCCUAAUUCUCAUGCUCAUCAUGGAGGAAUAACAGGUACCUGCUUUACAGAGAGAGGAGGACAGGCUAUUCCCAUUCCCAGAGACAUCUCGAAACGUGGUCAGACCAUUGGCGAAUGUGAGUUAUACUGUUGUAGCAAAGCAGACAAUCGCGAUGAAGCAUUUUCUGAGGGUACUGACCCAGUUACUGGUGUUCCUGUACUGUAAGUGUUUGUGGCGGGGCCUGAAGUUUGUCAUUAGGAAGUUAACAGGACGAUGUGAGCUUCAACGCAUCUGUUACAAUAACAAACCCGGUGCUCGAAGGACGCUCAAGAUCGAAUCCUCACUCAAAUGCUCUAAACAUGAGCUUUUGCAGUCUGCCAUCAACGCUCAUCCAGAUUCUGUGGAGAAGACUAUCGAUGAUAUAAUGUCACUGAAAAAGAUCAACCUUGACACUAACCCACAGCUUGGCAUCUCUCUCCAGGCUUGCCUGCUCCAGAUCGUGGGUUACCGAAACCUAGUAGUGGAGGUGGAGAAGCUACGUAGAGAGCCAUAUGACUGUGAAAACCAAGCACAUGAGGAGAUGCUCAUGAAGCUGUGGAAGGAACUCCGUCCUGAUUCUCCUCUCUCUGGACGCAUCUCAAAGCAAUGGUGUGAGAUUGGUUUCCAAGGAAACGACCCCAAGACUGAUUUCAGGGGCAUGGGUCUCCUGGGAUUGCACAACCUACUGUAUUUUGCAGAGCAUGACAAAGCCACCGCUCUCCAAGUUCUUCAUGACUCCCUGCAGCCCAAGCACAGGAACGUUUCCAAAGUGGAAGCCAGCAAGAUGAGCAAAGCUGAGUGGGACAAGAAGAAAUUUGACAAAGCGAUUGGAUACUCCUUUGCCAUAGUUGGCAUAAACAUCACUGACCUGGCAUAUUCCCUGCUGGUGAGCGGGGCUCUGAAGACUCAUCUGUACAAUGUGGCACCAGAGAUGCCAAGUCUAGUGCACUUCCAACAGACCUUCUGUUAUCUGAUGCAGGAGUUCCACAGGUUCUGGAUGGAGGAAGAUCCAUGUGACAUCAUGGAGUUCAAUCGUGUGCGCACCAAGUUCCACAAGCACGUCCUGAAGCAGCUGAAGAACCCUGACAUGGCACUGUGUCCUCACUUCACCGCCACUGACCUUCACCUGGUCAACCUGUAGCUUCUCAUUCAUCUCAACUCUCAUGACCUUUCACCUUCUCAUCCUUAAAACCCACGUCUCAUUACUGCCAACUGCUAAGCCGGUCUCACUCUCACACAUUCUCACACCAAUGUCUCCUUCAGCCCAUCCGACCAGACGUUACUGAAGAUCACCAGCACUGCUGAAGACCAUGUUGAUUGUAUGUGUGCAUGGCAACAGUGCACCACUGAUUGUGAUAUUUACAGCUAUCUGAAUGUGGAUGGGAGAAAGAUCUCUCCCGAUAGGACAAAGCUCCCUAUCCACCAGUAGGUCGAGCUGUUGGUGCUUAUUGGGUAAAAGACACUGAGCUUCAGGCGUGCAAGAGUUUCUACCCACAUCCACCACAGUUGGCUGCGCUGAUACCAGGCACACUUAGAAACAGGUGGCCAUUGUUUGUAUACGCUAUCAUACACUUUCAGAGCUGCUAUAUUAAAGAUAACCUUUGUUUAAUUAUUGUAAAUCAUUUCAAGGAAUAUUCAACACUCAGUACAAGUUAAGCUCAAUCAACAGCACUUUUGGUAUAAUUUAAAUUGCAACAAAAAUAUUCUUUAAAAAAAAAAAAUCUGGCUUACAGUGACAUUUACAAUGGAAGUAAAUGAGGCCAACUUUUAAAUAUUCAAAUAAGUCAAUACUGUAACCAUACGAAGAUGCACAUGUAUAAUUGUAGUGUGUAAAAAUACUAAUCUCUUCUGUGUUUUUAUAGCAUUAUUGGCCCAGAACAAUCCUUAAAAUGGAACUGAUUUCAGCUUGCUGUAAUUCCAGAUGAUUAUUCAUUCAUAAUUUCAUAACCAUUAUUGUCACUCUCAUAUUCUGAAUCUCAUUCUUCUAUCACAUACGUACAGUGCAUACUGUAGACUUCACGUUGCACAGAGGCAGAGCUUAAAUCAAAUAUUCACUUGCCAAAUCUGGUAGGAUAAUGUGUGUUUUGUGAAUGUUACCAUGCAGAGCACAUGAUUGUUUUACUAAUGUAUUAGUGUUGAUGUAAACAAAACAAACAAAAAAGACGGAAUGUUCCAUUUUUCUGUUCUAGCACCAAAGCAAUAAGUGACGUUUAGAACAGUUAGUAGAACAGUCUUGUUUUCUUUUGCACAAGUGGUGCCUCUGUUGUAUUAUUAAGCAUAAUUAAUGUAUAACUGAAGUUUUGCCCUCAGUGUGAGUAUUUCAGGCUUUCUUUGGUCUCUUCUGCAUUUUAACUUUUACAGCUGUGUCACGUCACAAAUGCAUGUUGCUCUUUUGUUUAAGUUUGUCCAUUAACCCUUUAACAUGAUGGACGGUCACAGGGUUUGCAUGAUGAUUUCGGUUUUGCCUGCAAAAGAAUUGUGUUAUCAGAAUGUCACUUAAUUUUAAUGUCGUUAAUCGGUGCAAUGAAUGUCUAUGCUAUUGGCAGUGUUAAGCAGCUUCUUUUUAAUAGCUAUUGGUUGAACUGUGUUUCCACAUGAUUUUUAAAUGUAUUAAAAGUGUCAUAUAUUUCUCAUUGCAGCACUUUUACAGAUGAGACAGAAGCACUUGCUGUACAUAAAGCCUUAGAGGUGGAAUACAUGAAAACAUUAUUAAAGCUCAUCAUUAUGCAUGGCUGAAUGUU